AUGCUCGUCUUCACCCUGCUUCCCGCUGUCCUCCUCGCUCUUCGAGUCGCUGCAAGCCCCGUGUUGGUGCAAGACAACUUGAUCACUUUGCCCAUAUCACGUCGCUUCAACUUCACUGGUUCUGCGAACAUCGUCCAGGCUGACCUUGGUCGUAUCAAAUCGAUCAGGACAGGCAAGGCAGCUGGUGCUCAAGCUCGGGCUGUUAUUUCGGAGCCCAUAUCCAAUCAGGUCGUCACUUACAUCGCGUCUGUUGGUGUUGGUAGCCCAGCUACAACUUACGACCUCAUCGUUGACACGGGCAGCUCGAAUACCUGGAUCGGAGCCGGAACAUCAUACGUCCGCACCCCCACCUCAACCCAGACAAUCAACACGGUUUCUGUCUCCUAUGGCAGCGGUAGUUUCUCUGGCACAGAAUAUACCGAUACAGUGACACUUGCCCCCGGAUUGGUCAUCCCUAACCAAUCCAUCGGUGUUGCUUCUCGUUCUUCUGGCUUUUCGGGCACCGAUGGGAUUCUCGGCCUCGGACCCGUCGCGCUGACAGUUGGAACCCUCACCAAUGCUCGAACCCAAAGCGUCCCCACGGUCACGGACAACUUGUUCACCCAGGGUACCAUCAACGCCAACUCUAUUGGCAUCUCGUUCCAGCCCACGACUUCGUUGGAAGUCACCAACGGCGAAAUAACUUUCGGCGGUACCGAUCCUUCGCGCUUUACUGGCUCGAUCACUUUCACCCCUAUCACGAGCACCUCCCCUGCGAGCCUGUACUGGGGAAUUAACCAAAGCAUCACCUAUGGUGGGACGACGAUCCUGUCUAGCACCGCCGGCAUUGUUGAUACUGGAACCACCCUCAUCUAUAUCGCCACAAACGCCUUCACCGCCUACCAGCGCGCGACUGGUGCCGUUGCGGACAACAACACUGGCCUGCUCCGCCUCACUUCUUCACAGUUUGCUGCUUUGAAGAACCUCAACUUUGUCAUUGGUGGCACCACCUUUGCUCUGACCCCCAACGCGCAAAUCUGGCCACGGCAAGUGCAGAUUUCACUUGAUCGAAGCAACGCUAAGCCCUAUUUAGCUCCCUUAACACUGCCAUUGGUGGCUCGGCCAGCAGCAUCUACCUCAUUGUCGCCGACUGGGGUACUCCCUCAGGCCAGGGUUUGGACUUCAUCAAUGGCUAUGCCUUCCUCGAGCGCUUCUACUCUGUCUACGACACUGCCAACAAGCGCGUCGGUAUUGCGACCACUCCCUUCACCACCGCGACCACAAACUGAGUUAUACCCUGAGGGAUUCGAGUCUUGGGAUGUAUUUUAUACUGUUUUUGUGCUGCCGUUGGGACAAGGCCUCCCGACUCGCAGCUUCUACCCACCAGCGAGGUCAAUCGUAUUGUCUGCGUUAGGCAGUUUCGAAUACAUUACCUCUGCCGAUCUACCCAUCCGCCUUGACGACGACCCUCCAAAGCUCAAACCAGUCGAGCUUGUUUUCCCUCCCCAACCGCCUCCACGUCGCUCUAAACUUGCGCGUUUCCUCCUCCGACUUGUUACACGACGGCCACGUAGCAGCCCGUCAUAUCAAGUGUCAAUCAGCCCGCUAGACAGUGGCAAAGCAUCCAGUCAAACCCCGACACAAUCGUCCGCUCCGGUGGUCUACAUUCGCGUAGAACCUCGCGAGCUCACUGAUUCCACUACAUCCUCCCUCCUCGAAACACCCACAGAGACCCGGAUCAUCGACAAAUUCCCUCUUCCGCCUUCUGUGCAUUUCUCGACAGAAGAUAAGGAGAACCAACCCUUCCACCCAUACCAACACCUCCAACCGUUAUCUGACCGAUCUGCAUCGGCAGCGACACCCCUUUCUCCCUCGACCAAUCUUCCUCCGAACUUGGUCCCGUUUCCCUCCUACAGCAACAGCAACGACAGUUCGACGAAUUAUCAACACCAACAACCACGAUUUACAAUGGAUUACACCGGAAAGCAAGGCGCAGAAGUAAUCGACUUCGGCGGUGAAGUCGACUACUCGAAUACUCAGUGGUUCCAAGACCGGCCCGCGAAGCAACCCUCCGCUCAAGCUAUGGGUGCACCGUAUGUCCCACCACCAGGGGUCAUAGAGCAGAACGAGUCUUUCGAAUUCGCGAUGAGUGCAGCGCCGAACGUGCUAUAUGCUCGCUAUAAACAAUACGGACAGCUUGGCGUUCUCGCCUGGUGUUCUGAGUUUGGGGAGCUUAUUGACCACCUGAAAGAACUCGGCUUUCAGGGGAAUAUGUUUGUCACGACACGAACGCAGGCGCUGCGGACGUGUGAAGAGAUUUUGAGGCUGAUGAAGCACAGUCUUGACCUCAAAAUGCAAAUUAUCAUCAUGUACUUGUCGUCGCAAGUCGCGCGGUUACGACGAUUUCUCGACGGCGAAAGGCAAUGGGACGACUACCCAGAGCCACAAUUUCCUGAUUACAAGAAGUACGUAAACGGGGAGUUUGCUUAA